AUGUCUAGCGAUACAAAUACACGGAAAUCUGAGAAUGCAAUACAUGAUGUAUUAAGAUUUGUGAGACAUAUUUUGGCUAUGGAUGCCUUUGCAAAUACAUUAAUACUAACCUUUCUCCAGGUUUAUCAUGGUAAAAAUAUUCAUGUAGUCAAUAAUAAGUAUCAGUCUCAUAUAGCAUUCGUAUCUACUGAAGCAGUGAUGGCUAGAGCGUUAGUGGAAAAAGCAUCUAAAUUAUCUAAAUCUGAUAAUUCGCAUAUUAGAACCCAUGCAUACUAUAGAGAUAUGAAUGGAAAGCAGAGACGAAAAGACUUCUCUGAUAUUAAUAUUGCUUGA